AUGCAGGCAUAUCUAGGCGGAGUAACGCUGUUAAGCUUGCGGAUAGAAGAACUCUCCCAGCAAGCACCGCCUGUCACAUCUCAAAGAGCAUCUCGUUUUAGGACAGUACUUCCCAAUAUCUCAUUACCGAAGUUCUCCGGUGCCUUCUCAGAGUGGAGACCCUUUGAGGAACUAUUUUCCUCAAUGAUAAAAGACAACUCAGACCUCUCACAAGUGGAAAAGUUACACUAUCUCAGAACCAUCCUGGAGGGAGAAGCGGCUAAAGUCAUCUCAGAUCUGAAAUUAUCCGCUGAUUCUUUUACGAUUGCAUGGAAUAGAUUGUCAGACAGAUUUGACAACAAACGCCUAUUAAUCCUGGCUCAUCUUGAUAGGCUGAUGGCCCUUCCUCGCAACAAGGAAAGGUCAUCUGGAUCCCUCAACAAAUUAAUCAAUAUAGUAACGUCAUCUCUCAGUUCUCUAGAGUAA